AUGCUUGCACCCAAAGUUUCAAUGACUUUUCAUCAGAAUUCUCCUCCAUUGAUGAUCAUAACACAAGUAGUUUCCAUUUCUUUCCUCUUACUUCUUCACUCUCCCUCUCCAGCUCUCGCCCUCCCGACAUCAAGCACCCACAAUCCAUCUAGUUUAGUCGAUAGCGUUUGCAAAGAAGCGAACGAAGAGGGCCAUUUAAAUUACAACGAUUGUGUUGCCGCUCUUAUGUUAGAUCCUAAAGCCUUGUCUGCAAGGAACAAGAAAUUGUUGGCGAAGAUCGAGCUAAACUUGGCUCUAUCUAAUUCCACAAGCAGCCUAACAUACAUCGAUGCAAUGGCAAAGAAGGAAAAAUCUUCACCAGCACUGAAAUCGGCACUCGAGUACUGCGUUUCACAGUAUAAAGAUACUGUGCAGUGUUUUAAAAUGGCUUUGAUGGAUUUGGAUGUUGAUCCUGAGGCUGCAAAUUAUGAUGCGUUUGUUGCUAAUGAUGAGUAUGAAUAUACUGUGAAUGCAUUCAAAGCUUCUUUGGGCGACUUGGAAGUAGAUCCUUUGUACGCAAAUUAUGAUGCUCUAGUUGCUUAUGAUGGUGCAUAUAACUGUGCAGACAAGCUGAAAUCUGAAGGGUUUCAAUCUCAAGAUGUGGAUUCAAUUAGGACUAGAAAUAAUUAUGUGAAGAUUUAUAGCGACAUUGGAGGUACUAUUACCAAUAAGAUGAUCUGA